GCAAUCAAAUGUACGAAUUACCAUGGUUGGAAUGGCAUCAGUGCUACCUUGAGUAACGGGAUUAAAACUGAUACAAGCUGGAAAUGUUCAGAUGUAAGGGUAGACAAGUGGGAACGUGUCGGAUUUGACGACACAGCCUGGGGAAAUGCUAAGCUGCUACCGUUUUGGAUUUGGACGACUGCAGACUUAAACGGUGUAGGCACCAUCUAUUGUAGAAAGUUCAUCAAUAGCACGAAAACCAGUCUAAAUAUAACUGUAAAAGCAUACUGCGAUAAUAUAAUGGACUUAUACGCGGAUGGUGAUCAAUAUAAACAUGAUAAUGAUAACAUAUGGAAUGCUAUGUCAUCCAUCAACAUACCUGGUAGUACACAACUGGUAGCAAUCAGGUGUUAUAAUCUGGAAGGAUGGUGUGGCAUCAACGUUGGCUUGAGUAACGGUGUUAGAACUGAUACAACCUGGAAAUGUUCAGAAGAAGAGGAAGAAGGUUGGAAUACUGUUGGUUUUAACGACAGUGCAUGGAAUAAAGCAAAACUUCUACAGCGUUCAAAUGUUGAUUGGAUUUGGACGAAUGAUAAUGCAAUGGAUAUGGGCACCAUUUACUGUAGAAAGUCAAUAUUAGUAGAGCCGUAUUCCCCAACCACCACAGUAGUAGAGCCAAGUUCCACAACCACCACAGUAGUGGAGCCAAGUACUGCAACCACCACAGUAGAAGAGCUAAGUACUGCAACCACCAGAGUAGUAGAGUUAAGUGCUACAACCACCACAGUUGUAGAGCCAAGUUCCCUAAACACCACAGCAGGAGGGCUAAGUACUGCAACCACCACAGUAGUAGAGUCAAGUUCCCCAACCACCACAGUAGGAGAGCUAAGUACUGUAACCACAACAGUAGUACAGCCAUGUUUACCAACCACCACAGUAAUGGAGCUAAGUACUGCAACCACCACAGUAGUGGAGCCAUGUUCCCCAACCACCACAGUAGUGGAGCUAAGUACUGUAACCACCACAGUAGUAGAGCCAAGUACUGCAACCACCACAGUAGUAGAGCCAUGUUCCCCAACCACCACAGUAGAAGACCUAUGUUCCCCAACCACCACUGUAGUGAUGCCAUGUACACAGACCACUGACUUUGAUCUUCAACCUUCAUCAACAGGGGUGGCUGUGUUAGGAUCUGACGGAGUUUUGAGAUCGCAGGUAUGUCAAGACGUUGUGGUGGUGACAUCUGAAUCAGCAAUGAAGGAGGCAGCUGUCAGCAGCAUCUACAAGGAAUUAACCCUCAACAAAAGUAAAAUAUCGGCUGUUAUUCGUAAGAAAGUCAGUCAGAAAGAUGAGAGACCAAGUUCAGCUACUAUUGGUUAUUUUGGGCUGAUAUUCGCUGUCCUGCCAUUCGCCCUUCUAAUCAUAUCUGAUAUUCCCAAACUGAUACAACAUUUGAGAACACGCAUGCGUGCACACUAGGCUAGACAGGUGUUGGCUAUUUUCCGGGGAUAACAAAAUGAAAGGUCUCGAAAGUAUUGCGACUUAUAUAAUUUAUGUCCACUGUUGACACCGUGUUCUUAAUGUCGUAAACAGUCCGAUUUAAACUGAUUUAAAUUAAUGUUUACCUCGCCUUGUUUAUCUAUCAAUAAAAAUUGUUGUAUCUAGUAUUUAU